UCACAGCUCUGCUUCGGUGUCAGACUCUACAUCAGAGGACUUCACCUGGACGACCAUGAAGCUGUUCACCAAAACUCUGAUUCUGUGCCUGGCACUUGGCCUCGGUAUUGCAGUACCUGCGCCGUCACCUGAUUUAGCGGGAAAUGAUGCUGCUGUGCCAGACAGAUGUGCUGGUGUUGAAUUUGAUGCCAUCGCUCCUGAUGAGAAUGGAGAUAUGUUCUUCUUUAAAGGUGAAUACCUGUGGAAAGGUUUCCAUGGUCCUGCUCAGCGUUCCAAUGAAACCUUCAAGGAGCUGGAUGACAUCCAUGAUAUCGGUCAUGUUGAUGCUGCUUUCCGUAUGCACAAUACACUAAAACCAGACGACCAUGAUCACAUUUAUUUCUUCUUGGACGACAGGGUGUUCAGCUACUAUAACCGAUCUCUGGAGGACGGGUAUCCGAAAAAGAUGGUUGACGAUUUCCCAGGAGUCCCUGAUCACCUGGAUGCUGCUGUAGAGUGCCCCAAAGGAGAGUGCACAACUGACUCAGUCCUGUUUUUUAAAGGGCAAGAUGUGCAUGUUUACGAUAUUGUCACAAAGACGGUGAAAACCAAGACAUGGUCCCACCUGCCUCCUUGCACUUCUGUUGUCCAGUGGCUGGAGCACUACUACUGCUUCCACGGACACAACUUCACCCGGUUCCACCCGGUAACGGGAGAGGUGGACCCUGGAUACCCAAAGGAUGCCCGCCAUUACUUCAUGAAGUGCCCUAACUUCGGUCAUGGAGGUGAUUCCAAAGUCCCUAAAUGCAGCGAGAUCAAACUAGACGCCAUCACCACGGACGAUUCAGGCAAAACGUAUUAUUUUGAAGGUUCUUCCUUCAUGCGUCUGGACACCCAUCGUGACGGCCUUCACGGCUUCCCAAUAACCAGAGCCUGGAAAGAAGUCACCAGCGGUGUGGAUGCCGUCUUCUCCUACCAGAACAAAAUGUAUUUGAUGAAGGAUGAAAAGGUUUACAUCUAUAAAGGAGACGCUCGCUACACCCUGAUCGAAGGCUACCCUAAAACCCUGAAAGAGGAACUGGGUAUCGAAGGACCUGUGAGCGCUUCUUUUCUCUGUCCCAAUGAACACACAGUUCAUAUCAUCCAAGGAAACAGGAUGCGUGACGUCGACCUCAGCGCCACACCCAGAGCUGUCACCAACGACGUGCCGUUGCCUAUUUCUGACAUCGAUGCUGCUCUGUGUGGUGCUGAUGGAGUCAAAGUGUUCAAGGGCGCUCAGUUUUACCAAUACGACAGCCCCAUGAUUCUGGCCAUGGGCAGGAUACUUGUUGAGCCUCAGAACAUCACCUCAGCAAUGAUGGGAUGCCAGGAUUAAGAGUCAGGGAAACAAAUGAAUCCAGAUAAACCAACAACACGGAAACAAACAUCAAUCACAAGUUCAACGGCGAGAAGAGAGCUGUGUGAGCCUCUUAUGUAAGAUCGUGGGUAAACCCGACCGUCAUGCAGUUGAGCUUGACUUUGGUGAAUAAAAGCAGAAAAGAAAACUGCA